CACUCCACUCACGGCUGCACUACUGAUCACAGACAUCGGUGCCGUCCCGUAGGACGCAACUGUGUCUGCAUGGCGUCCGAUAGUCAUUCUAGCGGUUCGUCCCUUCCGUUGCGUGACACAGACUGAUGCGUUUGUGUAGUGUUCUUCCCUUUCCGCCGAAGAUGUGUCAUGCGCACCCGUCGCGCAACGGGUUGCCGAUGGACUGGUUGACCAUGAACCGACAGCUGCGCAACCAUAUGCUGAUCAACAAGGCCACGGUGGUUCGAGGAACCUGUCUCUUUUCAAGGCACCUUGCCACGGGUCCUUGCCAUUCGCAUCCCUCUCGAGAUCGUCGCGUUCGUCAUCGACGCCAUGAAUCAACCCGCAUUGGCUGCCGCGGCGCUGGUCUGUGCAGCGUGGAACCCCCGGGCUAUGCGCAACCUCUACCGGACCGUCGAUAUCUACAGCCGCAGACGCUUCGACAUCAAGCAGUGUCACACGUAUCCACGCGUCAAGCAGUGGCUACCACGCACGAGCUAGUUGCCGGAGAGGACGAGGGCGAAGACGGCAGCGUAGACUCCUUGUCUGGCAAACAGAGGAAGAACAGUCAUCGCUUCCUUCAAGCGCUACCCCUUGCCCUCGUCCGUGCGCUGCCUGGCGUGCGCAUCCUCCGUAUCCAAUCGGGAGAGCUUUGUUUCACCCAGAUUUCUUCCUUGCCCUGUCGCGGUUCCAAUCCAUCAGUUCAUUAGAUUUGACGCUGUGCACGUUGAACAACGUCCAACAGCUAUGUCGGAUCGUCUGUGCGUUCCCUCGGCUCACAGAUCUCACCCUGUAGGUCGUCGAUCUCGCUCAGCACGCGUCUGCCAGCUAUGCGGGAGCCACGCCUUUCCAGCUAACAUCUGGCUGUAGCAUACGUCUCCGGUACCUCAGCAUUGAUUCCCGAACUCCGUCGAGCUGCUGCUAUGUGAUAGGAACGAUACGUAUCCACUAUGAUGCUGUAGUUCUAUUCAAGUCGUCAGCGUCAUAUCCACUUCCCUUCGGUCGUCCAUUCUGGAUGGUACACAGCUGCGUGACUAAUGCUGUCUUAGCAAGCUGUUCAGGUCCGCGGCAGUCAUGGCAUCGUCAC